AUGGCAGACCUGGGGAGUCAGCGUAACCGGAAUUACCGGCCUUAUGGUGGACCGGCCUCGUCCGAGCAGCGAGAUGCUGCAUACUCGGACAUCUUUGGCAGCACACCACCCCCGGGACGCUCCCAAACCAUGACCUCACAGACAGUUCCGUUCUCCCAGGGCCGUGCCCAUACUAUGUCGUCGCACACGGUCCAGCCCCAAUUUCAGAGGAUGCCGCCGCCGCCAACUCGCCAACCUGUUGUCAACGGCUACGGACCACCGCCCUCUGCACCUCCAAAUGGUUACCCUCCACCGCCACCUUCAGGUCAAUACCAGGCAUAUAACCCAGCCGGGGGAGCCGCGACAAUGUCUUCGCAUCCACCAUCUCUGCGACAGUACCCUCCUCGAGCGGGGCGCUCCGCCUACCCCCAACCCCAACGCCUGGAUAGACCCGGUCCGCCGCCCCAGUACCCAGAUCCACGCGAUUUAGGCCGGCCAGCACCUCCAAUGCCUCCCCCUGCCUUGAAUUCCGAUCCGAACAGAUCACAAUCAAUGGCAAAAUUGCCAUCCUAUCACAACCAAAUGCCUCCACAUAGCACUUUCAACCACGGAUCUUCUGCAACCGUGCGGCAGCAGCAAUACUAUCCAGGCGCCACGACGAUGACGCAGCUUGGACGACCGCUUCCAGAAAGGCAUUUCAACGAGCGAGCCAUGUCGAUGACCACCUAUGCGGCGGAUGUAAACCAUGCCCGCAUUAUGAACAGCGGGAGACAUAUCCCGGCUCCCAGGCCCCCGUCCGGGCAUGAACAGGUUAUACCACAAAGAUUCGACUCCAUGCCUGCCAACGCGGCCGAAAGCUACGCCAAGCCCCGCCCGCCCAGCGAGACUUCUCAGCGAUCUCGUACCAUGUCUAUGGCAUCGACUAUUGCUCCUGACCGCACUAUGAGUGUUCAAAGUCAAGCAACACAGAAAUCUAACGGUCAAUCGACACUUGUGUCUAGCGAUUCGCGCCGCAAGGUGCCUGUUGUAUACCCUGCUCUCCUUGCGCGUGUUGCCGAUGUUUUCCGAGAGAAGAUCUCGCUCGGUGAACGCCAAAAGAACGGGCUAUCUUACCAGAAUGCCUUUUCGGGCUCUGAUGCCGUGGAUUUGAUCGCCAACAUUAUUCGAACAAAUGACCGAAAUCUCGCACUAUUGUUGGGUCGUGCCCUAGAUGCCCAGAAAUUUUUCCACGAUGUCACCUAUGAUCAUCGCCUUCGAGAUGCCCCUGGCGAGGUCUAUCAAUUCAAGGAAACCAUGGGCGAGGAGACGCUUACCUCGGAGGUCAAUGGCGUUUUCACUCUCCUGACUGAAUGCUACUCUCCUACUUGCACCCGGGACAGCCUCUGCUACUCCAUUGCCUGUCCGCGACGAUUGGAACAGCAAGCACGCUUGAAUCUGAAGCCUCAGCCGGUUCUGAGAACGUCUGGAUCUAAGGGCAGCCUUCACAUCGACGACGAUGAAGAUAAUGACAAUCAAAAGCUGUGGAUCAACAUGGUUCCAAAGGAAAUUUCGGAGGCUGUGGAUGACCGCGAGAAGAAGAGACAGGAGAUCAUCUUUGAGAUCAUGUACACGGAGCGAGAUUUCGUCAAGGAUUUGGAGUACCUACGGGAUUUCUGGAUGCGACCGUUACGCGCGGCAGGCACUAAUACUCACUCUCCCAUCCCGGAGCACCGGCGAGAGAAGUUCAUUCGGACGGUGUUUGGAAACUGUUUGGAGGUGCUGAAGGUCAACAGUGGCCUUUGUGAAGCCCUGAACACUCGACAAAAAGAAAGUCAUGUUGUUAAGACCGUUGGUGAUAUUUUCCUCCAGCAUGUGCCACGGUUCGACCCUUUUAUCAAGUACGGUGCCAACCAGCUCUACGGCAAGUACGAGUUUGAAAAGGAGAAGGCGUCAAAUCCGGGCUUUGCCAAGUUCGUUGAAGACACCGAACGUCUCAAAGAAUCCCGGAAACUAGAGCUGAACGGUUAUCUUACGAAACCUACAACUCGGCUUGCCCGAUACCCAUUGCUGCUUGAAUCCGUCCUAAAACACACUGCUGAUGACAAUCCUGACAAGGAGGAUAUCCCGAAGGCAGUUAAGCUCAUCAAAAAUUUCUUGUCGCGUGUCAACACAGAAAGUGGAAAGGCUGAGAAUCAUUUCAACUUGGUGCAGCUAAAUGCUGCAUUGAAAUUCAAUCCCGGUGACUAUGUGGAUCUGAAGCUCACGGAGGAGAAUCGACAAAUGCUCACGAAGAUGGCAUUCAAGAAGACCACCGCUGAAAGCUCCGAAGUGACUGCCUACCUCUUCGAUCACGCAGUGCUCUUAGUUCGUAUCAAAGUGGUGAAUAAACGCGAAGAGUACCGUGUCUACAAGAAGCCAAUUCCCCUGGAACUUUUGGUGAUUGCUCAGAUGGACGAGGUGAUUCCGCGCUUGGGAAUUUCGAAGCGUCCUUCUUCCAGUCUAUUGUCCAACAAAGUGGCUCCCAAUCCUCCUCCCGCAAAAGACGGACAGCUUCCGAUCACAUUCCGACAUCUUGGUAAAGGAGGCUACGAGCAGACCCUCUAUGCCACCUCCCCAACUCAGCGACGCAAGUUUAUUGAAAUGGUCGAGGAACAACAACGGAAGCUAUGGGAACGAAAUAGCAACUUCUAUAACAAGACAGUCCUUUGCGAAAGCUUCUUUUCUGCUAUCAACCGUGUCAAUUGCUGUGUCCCUGUUGAUGGCGGACGGAAGUUGGUCUAUGGCACUGACAGUGGAAUCUACUUAUCCGAGCGAUGGCCUAAGGACAAAUCCGCCAAGCCGAGAAGAGUCUUGGAGGCUAGUCAGGUUACUCAAAUCGACACUUUGGAGGAGUACCAAUUACUUCUGGUUUUGGCAAACAAAACACUAUCGUCAUAUCCAAUUGAGGCUCUUGAGAUAGGAGAGGGUCAGAACGCUGUUGCCAAGCGUCCAAAGAAGAUUCAAGGCCAUGCAAACUUCUUCAAGGCAGGAAUUGGUCUCGGUCGACACCUGGUAUGCUCUGUCAAGACAUCCGCUCUGUCGAGUACCAUCAAGGUCUACGAACCAAUGGACAACCUGGCGAAGGGGAAGAAGAAGUCGGCCGUAAGUAAGAUGUUCCAAAGUGGCCAAGAAACUCUCAAACCAUUCAAGGAGUACUACAUUCCUGCCGAAUCUUCUUCGAUCCACUUCCUACGGUCGACGCUUUGUGUCGGUUGUGCCCGUGGCUUUGAGGUCGUCAGCUUGGAAACCACCGAGACCCAAUCUCUGCUCGAUCAAGCCGAUACCUCUCUUGACUUUGUUGCCCGGAAAGAAAAUGUCAAGCCGAUUCACAUCGAACGAAUGAAUGGAGAAUUCCUUUUGAAUUACAGCGAUUUCUCAUUCUUCGUCAACCGCAAUGGCUGGCGGGCUCGUCCAGACUGGAAAAUAUCCUGGGAGGGCAAUCCGAACGCUUUUGCUCUCUCCUAUCCAUACAUUCUCGCAUUUGAGCCUAAUUUCAUCGAAAUCCGUCAUGUUGAGACAAGUGAAUUGAUUCACAUCAUGACCGGAAAGAACAUUCGAAUGCUCCAUUCUUCCACACGGGAGAUCAUCUAUGCCUAUGAAGAUGAGUCGGGAGAGGAUGUUGUCGCAAGUCUAGAUUUCUGGAACAAGCCCCAGCAAAUUUGA